CUCUACACUGAUUUCAAAAAUGACGAACCUAUAGAAAAACUCCAAUGUGAGGUUGCUUGCAUGUCUCCUCGAUGGAGACGACAUUAUGCAGAGCGAUUAUCGUUUUCUCGUCGAUGGAAGCCUCGUAAAAUACGUUAUCACGGCGCUGGGCACAUUUCUCUGCGAUCAUGAAGACCGUGCUUUCGAGCCUAUUCUUCUUGGGAAUCUCUUCCCCCAAUUCCCUCCCGGAGACUGGAAUAAUGGCCAUGUUGCUCGAGACCCGGCUACAGGGGAACCUUCAUUCGUUAAGACCGAGAUCGUGCAAUUUCCUGGAGCACAGAACUGUUGGCAUCCACUGAGGUUUAACGAGCUCGACCUUACUCGACAAGAGCGAUUAAGACAGCGAGUUCACGUUUCGAUGCACCCCGAUAUCAACGCUGGUAAACCUGUGCUGGUAAAAUUUGCUGUUUGGCCCUGGGAGGUUGCCUAUGUCGAGGCUGAAACUACAGCUUACGAAUGGCUUCAGAACAGCGAGGUCGUACCCACAUUUCUUGGUCAUGUUACGGAAGGUAAAGAUGGACGUGUAGUCGGAUUUGUUACGGAGUUCAUUGAGUAUACAAGACCAGCAGAGUCAAGGGACAUUGAGGAAUGCGAAAAGGCUCUGAAGAAGCUACAUGAACUCCGUAUCAAGAUGGGUGACACAAACAAGUUCAAUUUCCUGGUUCGUGAUGGUCACGGUGUGAUGAUAGCUGAUCUAGAGACAGCUAAGCAAGCAUGCUCACAAGAUGAGCUCGAUGAGGAGAUGAAGGGUCUCAGAGCAAGCCUCGAGGACACUUCGUUCCUGGGUGGGAAGUAUAUUGUGGAAGAAUAAACGAUCUCGCUUUUCUAUAAAUGUCUCUAUGUAUGCAUGCCUAACACUUCUUGCCAACAUCGCAGUUCGACUCGC